GUUCACAGACAAGCUAAAAGAAGAAGAAAUCUCGUCCCAGUGACGGUGACGAUUACUGUCACAGUUUAGCGUUGGGUCCCACCUCGCAUGCAAAAUAUAGUUACUUGUUCUACUCGAAUUCUAAUUUACUUUGAGAUUCAGUCAUGGUUUCUUCAAACACACUCUCUCUUUCUCUGAUCUUAUUCCUCUCUUUCUCUUCCUUCUUCUCUCCCUCUCAAUCUCACAACAAGGUUUCCUUAGAGUUGUAUUAUGAAAGUUUGUGCCCUUACUGCUCCAAUUUCAUAGUCAAUUACCUCCCUAAAAUCUUCGAACAAGACCUUAUCUCUAUCGUUGACCUUAAACUCGUUCCUUGGGGUAAUGCUAAACUUAGAGGUAACUCCACCUUUGAUUGCCAGCACGGUCCAAACGAGUGUUUGCUGAACACUGUUGAAGCAUGUGCUAUUGAUAUUUGGCCUCAACUGAGCAAGCAUUUUCCUUUCAUCUAUUGCGUUGAGGAUCUAGUGUAUGAGGGUAAGCGCGAUGAGUGGGAAUCUUGUUAUGAGAAACUGGGUCUGGAUUCAACACUUAUCGAUGAUUGUUAUCGUAGUGAGCAUGGAAAAGAGUUGGAUCUAAAGUAUGCAGAUGAAACUAAUGCUCUACAGCCUCCCCACACAUACGUUCCAUGGGUAGUUGUGGAUGGAGAACCACUCUACGAGGAUUAUGAAAACUUCGUAAGCUAUAUCUGUAAGGCUUAUCAAGGACCUGAUGCACCCCAAAGUUGCACCCAAGCAUCAUAUCUUAGUACUGUUCUAGAAGUUGAAGCAAAGGCCAAGCAUUCAUUUUGCGUUACGGAAAGAGUGAUGCCAACAUGGGGAAAAAUAAGGUCAACCAUUGCCUCUUGGAUGAGCCAGAUGAACUUUCUAGGUGCAUUUUAAAUGUGUCAAUGCUGUGUGACUUGAAAUCCGUUUGUUCCUGUUACCUUGUAAUAAUCCCUCGAAAACUGCAAAUAGAACUUGUCAUGAAUUAUUAGUACACUCUCAGCUAAACACUGUUGUGUAUAAUGUAUUUACGUUACAUGAUGUUUGAAAGUUCAAUUCUAUAUUUUGGCUAUUUCCUAGUA